AUGUGCUUCGGAAACCGAGACAAAGGCGAUCGCGGCCUUGCAAGAUCCCGCGAGAUCGAGAAGCAACUCCGUCAAGAUGAAAAGAGACUAUCGAAGGAGGUUAAGCUCCUCCUACUAGGUGCUGGAGAAUCUGGAAAGUCUACUGUCCUCAAGCAGAUGAAGCUCAUCUACUCUCAAGGCUUCACCAAAAACGAGAAACUGGAAUGGAAGCCCGUGAUUUUCAACAACAUUAUUCAAUCUUUCAAGAUUAUUGCUGAGGCAAUGGGCGAGCAUGACCUUCAUUUCGACAGUCCUGACAACGAGAAAUACAUGGCUCACAUCCUUGUCGACCACGAGAUUAGCCCACACGAUCCAAUGCCCGCUGAUUAUCUCGCGCCCGUCAAGGCGCUAUGGGUCGACAGUGGUGUCCGAGCGGCCAUUGGAAUGGGAAAUGAAUAUGCGCUACAUGACAACCUCACCUACUUUAUUGAGGAUAUUGACAGACUCUGGGGUGAAGACUAUGUUCCAGAUGAUCAAGAUCUUCUCCGAUCUCGACUACGUACAACUGGUAUCACAGAGACCAUUUUCGACCUCGGCCAGUUGACCUACCGUAUGUUUGAUGUUGGUGGUCAGCGAUCAGAGCGAAAGAAGUGGAUUCACUGCUUCGAGAACGUAAACUGCCUGUUGUUCUUGGUCGCAAUUAGUGGUUAUGACCAGUGCUUGGUCGAGGACAAGGAUGGGAACCAAAUGAACGAGGCGCUCAUGCUCUGGGAAUCAAUUGCCAAUUCUCAUUGGUUUGCCAGAUCUGCACUUAUCCUGUUCCUCAACAAGAUGGACCUCUUCAAGGAGAAGCUUCCCAAGAGCCCCAUCUCAAACCACGGUUUCACCGAUUACCAUGGCCCCAAGGACGAUUACAAGGCGGCCAGCAAAUACUUCCUCGACAAGUUCAAAGCCCUGAACCGAAACACCGAAAAGGAAAUCUAUGGCCAUUUCACCAACGCCACCGAUACAAAUCUGCUCAAAAUCACCAUGGCCUCUGUCCAGGACAUGAUUAUCCAGCGUAAUCUCAAGCAACUCAUCUUAUAA